ACUCCCCAGUCCCCCCACUUCCUCCACAGCUCUCACAUUUGUGCAGUUCUUUCACGCUCAUCACAUAUUUAACGUCUCACCAUCACAUGAAGAUCACAAUUGCUCACUUAAACUAAGGAAACAGCCACAGAAUUUGACAUCAGUCGGUGGAUUAAAAGUAGAUCCCUCUACUUCUUCUUUGCUGCUUUUUUUGUUGAAGACAACAAAAAAAAAAACCUUUUGGAGUUACUUUGGACCAAAUUACAGCUGCAUGCGGAGGCCAGCAGCUUUGGGAGCGAUGUCAUCUCUACUUUCUCACAACAAAGAUCAGCCACGCAUCAGAAAGUCGCUCUCUGACUCCUCUCCGGCUUCAUCCACCGCCACCACCAAGAGCCUGAGGCAUGAGAGACUGUCUAGACUGAGCUCUUCUGGAUCCUCGGAUGUCUCCAACGAUCCAUCAACAAACCAUGCUGAGUCCUACUUCUUACAACGAGAGAACAGACAGUCUGCAAGGAAAAGGGCAGAAGAGGAGUCAGCAAACAAUGACUAUAAAAAGAUGUAUGAAAAGGCACUGGCCACCAAUCAAAGGCUGAAGUCCAGGCUGGAAACAAGUAAACAGGAACUGGCCUUGAUUCAGGACCAGCUGCAGAGAGCACAGAAGGGAAGAGCGGGAGAUUGUGGGUCCAACAUGCUUGAGACAGAAAAAAAGGAAAGUCGGAGUCUACAAAAGAGAAUAUCAGAUAUGGAAGAACAGUUGAAGGUUAAAGCAGAGAUGAAGAUUGAAAACCAGAGACUGAAGGACGAGAAUGGAGCUUUAAUCCGGGUCAUCACUAAACUGUCCAAGUGAGACAGGAAGCAGGAAAGAUAAGAAGAAGAGGGACAGAUACCAGAAGCCAUCUUAUACCUUCACUCUUCUUACAUGCAUCCUAUCCUCAGACAGAAUGUUCAUCGUUUUCUUGUAAUGUUUGAAACUUUAGUCUGUUGAGUAACUUACAUUUGCAGGGAUAAAGACACAUUUUACAUCAGAUGUGAAAGCUUCAUGUUACUGUACUGUAUCUAAAGUAGUAGCACAUUCCUUGACAGAAAAUAUAUUAAAUUAAAGUUCAUAUUGUAUAUUCAUAACAUAUUUCUACAUAAAGGCAAAUGCCAACACGACCACUUCGUGUGUUUUUCUCUUCUGUGCUUAUACAUGAACAAACUGUCCAGGAGUAAAGCUUUUAUAAAACUGUGUAAUCAUCUCAAGAUCCCUGCACAUACAUAUAUGGACAAAAUAUUGCAGGUAUUUCCAAGUAGGUAUUACCAUGGAAACUGCAAUUUUUUAAAAAUUUUUUUACAUUCCAUAUGCAGACUUUGAAAAUUGGCUCUGAGGAAUCAGGGACAGCGGAUGAUGGAUGAGCUACAUUUCUCAGGAGCGUGGGAGCACCAUUUCUGAUUCAAGAGCUUUACCUUGAAGUAUGAUGUCACAUAUGACAGGCUUUUCACCUUUACCGACAAUAAAAUAUUACAUAAUAAUCAUUUUCAAAAAUGCCUUGCCUCAUAGCUGUCAGCACUACAGCAAAAUCAGACUUGCAUGUAAAAAAUAUGAAUUAAGUCAUGUACAUUCAUAAAACACAAUCACCACAAGGAUGUGUACAAGUAGCUGUUCUGGAGCUUUCAGUCACAUGAAGAUCAUUAUCUUUAUCAGCAGAUGGCGAGAUGACCAAAGUGAGAUUGUUUUGUCAGCUGUAGUUUCCAAGAUCAAACGUGUAUUUUGAACCUUCGACCUCAAAGGCG